AUGUUGGGUGCUGCUGUUGAUUUAAGAACCAUUAUGUUUCGGACUAAAGCUGAGUGGCAGUUCUGUAAGGGGGAUGUAGAGUAUCUGGACAUGGGUAAUAACUGGAUCAUGAUCAAAUUCGCAAAUCCUGGUGAUUUGUAUCUUGUAUGGGCCGAAAGGCCAUGGCAUGUUCAAGGUGAGCUUUUUGUUAUUUAUCCUUGGAAACCCCACUUUGACCCCUAUGUUGAAGAUAUUAAGUAUGUGGAUUUAUGGGUUAGAAUUCCCCGUUUCCCUGCUGAAUUGUUGAACUUUGAUUCAAUUGCUAAUCUUAUGGCUGCUAAUAACAUUGGGUCACUGAUUAAGCUAGACUCUAGGUCUAUUCUUAAACAUAAAAUUCGUUUUGCUCGUGCAUGUAUUAGAGUGGAUAUAACUGAACCAUUGUUAGAGUAUGCUGAAGUAACUAGAGCGGGUGGUGUCAAGUGUGGUUAUGUUAUUUGGUACGAGAAUUUUUCUGUUGGGUGUUCCUUUUGUGGAUGUGAAGAUCAUUCUAUUGAUGACUGUUUAAUUCUAUCCCCUCCCCAAAAAGAAGUUAAAGUGAUGUUGAUGAAACAUCCUAAGAAACAAUGGCUUGCUGAGUUCCUUCAAAGUGCUACUAGGCUAGCAAAGCCCCUUACCACUGCUGAGCAAGCUUUAGUGGUAGAGGCUAGGCCUAGACACAUUGUGAGACCUCUUUCCAAUGCUAAAAUCCCUGCUAAACAGCCUGUUGCAAAGAAAAAAUUUUCUGGAAAAACAUUCACUGGUAAGAAAAAUGUUGGUGGUGCUGGUGGGUUGUUCAUCAAAGAAUCUGUGGGUAUUUCUCACCCUAAAGUUGCAGCUCUUUCUCUGGCUAGUCCUUCAGGUAAAGGUAAGGGGGUGAUGUUAGCUCACCCUAUUAUUGAAGUGGAAUCCUCUGAUGAUGAUUGUGAGAAUGUGGUAUCUUCUGUUAUCCCUCCCUCUUUAGCUUGUGAUAAUAAUGCUGUAGCUCAGCAGGUUUAUCCAGUAAAGAUGCAAUCCAUUGAUGCUAUGCCCCUCCUUCCUCCCUCUGUCAAUGAGGAUGAUUUGGAGUCCCCAGUUCCUUUGAGGGUAAUUUAUCCUUCUGAACUUUUAGAAUGUGGCUUUCUAUCUGAUGGGGAUGAUUUUUUAGAAAAUGAAAAUGGUUUGUUUGCUGAGGAUGGUGUUCAAUCUGGUAUUGUUGAUGACACUUUUAUUCUGGAAGAUAAUGUUCAUGAUGAUAUGAUGGGGGAUUAUGUCUCUCAACAGGAAUGCUCUUUUCACUCUCUCCAUUCUGAGACCUCAAUCAUUAAACAGAUUGAGGGGAUGGGAGUUGAAGGGGCUAGCACAAAGGACAACAUCUCUGCUUCAAGCUCGUCUAAAAGAAGGAAGUUGGAUUCUGAUGAAGAAUCAUCCACUUCAAAUCUGAAGAGGGGUAGGACUUAG